AUGUAUUUCAGUUUUAUUAAAGAAGAUCUAGUAAAUGGUGGUUUUAUGGAUUUAUAUACUGAAGUACCGAAAGUACAAACAUUCUCAUCAUCUCCAUCAAUUUCAGUUAAAUGUAUUCAUUUAUUAAAAGGGAAAAAUAUGUCAAGUGAUAAUAUUAAUCAAAAUGAUAUAAAUUAUCUAAGAAGUAUACGCAAAAGACAAAGAAAAAUUAAAAGACGACGAAGUCUAAAAUCAUUCAUUCACUAUUCACCUCAGAAUCUUCACAGAAAUAAUAAUUAUGUAUUCAAUCAUUUUGAUACAUUUAAACGAAGUUUAAGUUAUCAACAAAUUAAAUUAAAUCAUAAUAAUAAUAAUCCUAAAUCAACAUUCAUUUCAACUAAUUCAUUAUUAUCAUCUUCAUCAUCAGUGAAUUCAAAUGAAAAUGUUGAACAUUCUAAGAAUAAAUUUAAACAAAAUUCAAUAAUCAUGAUGGAAUCACAAUUUCAACAAGUAUCUCAUAUUUCAUCAGAUAAUAUUUAUUUCCCAUUUAGUAAUGAUAAUAAAAAUCCUAAUAAUACAUCAAUUCAAAUGGAAGAAAAUAAAACCUAUUACAAUCCCAAUAAAGAUAUUUCACUUCAGAACUGUUCAAUUACAAGAAAUUCUCUGUUUCCAAGUACUUCAUCAUUACAAUAUACUGAUUUUAAGUAUAAUAAUAGUAAAUGUGAUAUUAGUUCAACACUUGUAUAUUCUCUUGCUCAACCUGGUAAAAUCAAUGUUAGCACAAUACAUCAAAGUUUAACUGGUGGUCGUCCAUUUUGUUUUGUUUUUACUGGCCCACUUGUACAAAUGCCUUCUAUAGAAAAAAAUGUAUGCUUAGAAGAUAAAACUUUAUUCACUCAUAUAUUUGCUACAGAGAGUUUGGAAUCACGUGCUAGAUGGAUAAAAAGGUAAACUCCAUUUUUAUAAAAAGUAAAGUGUCAUAUUUUUGGCAUGCUUAUUAACUAAUAAUUGUAAAUAACUUCGAGCUAACAACUGUCACAUGUGGAUAUGUAGUUAAAAAUUAUUCAAUUAAAU